CUCUUCACUACGUCUGCAGCUUUUAUAUUUCUGCCUAGGAUGUCUGGAGUCGCAAAGGCUGUAACAGCUGCGCUGGCAGCACGUUCGACGCAGAAUUGGGGGUAUGUUGCAUCACGCAGUAACAACACUAUGUCCGUCCUUGGCACGCCACAAGCACCUCAUCUGCCUCCUUGGCUCACAGACAACCCCAUGCCGCAAGGCAAGCCAUGGGGCCCGAUGAACCAAUGGACAAACUACUAUACCACGACGCCGAACACUGGAGUUACCCGCUACUACGACUGGACUGUGUCGAAGAUUCCAUGUGCCCCAGAUGGUGUUGCGCUUGAACGCUUGGCUGUCAACAAUCAAGUUCCGGGACCUACCAUCGAAGCGAAUUGGGGCGACUGGUUUGAGAUCAAAGUAACGAACAAUCUCACGGACGAGGGUACGGCAAUCCACUGGCAUGGUAUGCUGCAGAAGGGUACUCCUUGGAUGGAUGGUGUGCCAGGAUUCACGCAAUGUCCCAUCGCUCCAGGUUCGACGUUCACAUAUCGCUUCCAAGCAGACUUGUACGGGACGUCGUGGUGGCACUCUCACUACUCCUCCCAGUAUGCGUCGGGGCUCGCCGGGCCUAUGGUAAUAUACGGACCGAACCAGACUUCCUACGACGCAGACCUAGGCCCAGUAAUGGUCUCUGACUGGUACCAUCAAUACUAUGAAGAGGUCAUAGACGCCUUAUUCGCGCCUCUACCAGCCCCCAAUAUUCCAAUGUCGGACAACAACCUCAUCAAUGGCAAGAACAGCUUUGACUGCUCGACUACCAGCCUGCCGUGCACACCCGAUGCGCCGCUAGCGAGCUUUAACUUCACCAGUGGGAAGUUGCACCGGAUACGAUUUAUCAAUCCUUCUGCCGCCGCUACUCAAAAGAUCACGAUCGACGGACAUUCAUUCACAGUCAUUGCUAACGAUUUCGUGGAGAUUGUUCCGUACGAGACCGACAUUCUCACCCUCGCCGUUGGCCAGCGCACCGACGUCAUCGUCAAAGCAACUGGCUCGCCAUCAGAUGCAGUAUGGAUGCGAGCAUACAAGCCGCCGUUAUGCUGGCCCAGCCAUGGUGGCAAUGAAGUGAAAGCAGCCAUCUUCUACGAAAACGCUGACCGUUCGCAAGCGCCAACAUCAUCUGCAGGCCCCAAUGCAUACAACACAUACUGCGGCAAUGAUCCUCUGGACAAGACUGUUCCGCUCAUGCCUGUUGCGGCCGGUGAGCCGUCAGUCACCGAAGUCUUACCGUUGGAGUUCAAGUCAAAUGGAACCAACCUGCUCUGGUACAUGGCGAAUCGUACAUUCAGGGUCAAUUACAAUGAUCCAAUACUAUUGGAGACAAAGCUUGGCAACCUGAACCUACCAUACAUCGAGAAUGUUCACAACUACGGCACGAACGCAAGCCUGCGGUUCAUCGUGGAGAACACUGGUCCGCAGCCUCAUCCAAUGCAUAUGCACGGUCACAACAUGUUUAUCCUGGCGGAAGGCAACUGCAGUAGCAACUCAACGGUCUUCGGCAAUGAUCAGGGUGCCUCGCAAGACGGCCACAUGAGCGUCGACAAACGCGCCGCUGGUCAGUACGGUAACUGUUGGGACGGUACAAUCACACGACCGGAGAAUCCUCAGCGGCGUGAUGUACACAUGCUGCUGCCAGGACAAUUCAUUGUUGUGCAAUGGAAUCAGGACAAUCCGGGGGCCUGGUCUCUUCACUGUCACAUCGCCUGGCAUUUAAGCGCCGGCUUCGUCUGGACUGUGAUUGAGCAGCCGGACUCUGUUAGGAACGAGAUGCAAGUUCCGAGCAUCAUGGCUCAAACAUGCCGUGACUGGUCGACAUGGACAGGCGAUCAUGUGGUGGCCCAGAUUGAUGAUGGUCUCUAAGCUAUUCGCAAAACCACUAUGAUGGCUGGAUCGAGACAACAAGCUCUAUUUUGAUGUACCACUAUGUACAACAGUACAACAGCCCCCACAGCUCAGCCUUGGACGACGCUAUGCUACUGUGUCUGGAUCCAGAUUGCUCGGUAUUUUCAUGAACAUGCACCACUUAGGGC